ACGCAGGACGGGUGGACGGCCCCGUUUGGGCAUGUCGCGCUCACAAUCGGCGGUCCGGCGUUAACCACCGCCACCGUUGUUGCUUCCACACCACAACCACACGCACUGGAACACCCAGCGCAUCGGCCGGCAGGCGGCGCCCGCGUCUUGGCUGUCACCACACGCGCCCGCCGACGCCGACCAGGUCCCGCAUACCCGCAGCUGCGUAGCCAUUCCCACAAACCAACCAUACACGCUAAUCAAAAAGAUUAGUGGAGCACUGCCUGAGCCUUGAUUUCUCGUUCUUUAGUACUACCUGCUCCACGAGACCAGACCACGCCAGCGGAAAGAUAAAGGAUUAGUAGACCAGAAGCUUAAGCUUGCUGCCUUGCUGUUCAUUUCCCUUGCCUGAGCCGUUAAGCGUACUGUACUGGCAGUUUGUUCGUUUACUCCGUUCCACGCAUCCCAACAAUUCGUCAAUCCCCAGCCGCACGCACGAGAAAGAGGCAGAUUCGCUGCUCCGACCGCGUCUUCGUUGCCUUGUUGGUUUCCGUUCUGUGACUCUGUCCUUCGCUUGCUUUUGACUUGGGGUAGUUGGCUUUUCUCUCCCCCCUCGCCUUCCUCCAGGCUUUGGGGAUUUGGUUGCUUCCUGUCGGGGUUUGAGAGGAGCGGCGCUCUUGAAUUGUUGCUUUCAAUUGGUCCGUUUGGCAGGGUUUGGCAAUAGAAAGAUUUGUUGCCGGAGAUGGGCAAGCCGUCGCUGAAGAAGAAGAGGGCCUCCGGCGGCGGCAAGUCCGGCGACCACGGGGGCAAGCCGGCGUCACUGGAGCGGUCUGGUUCCAAGGUCCUCGACGGCGAUGAGACCCUCUUCACGGACAUGGCGCAGGAGCACAAGGAAGAGGGCAAUAAGCUCUUCCAGCGCCGGGACUACGACCGCGCGCUGCUCAACUACGACAAGGCCAUAAAGCUUCUGCCCCGGGCGCACCCCGACGUCGCCUACCUCCACAGCAACAUCGCCGCCUGCUACAUGCAGAUGAGCCCGCCCGACUACUACCGAGCCAUCAACGAGUGCAACAUCGCGCUCGAAGCGUCGCCCAAGUACACCAAGGCGCUGCUCAAGCGGGCGCGCUGCUUCGAGGCUCUGGGCAGGCUCGACCUCGCGUGCAGGGACGUCAACAAGGUGCUCGCUCUGGAGCCCAACAACCUUACUGCGCUGGAUGUAUCCGACAGGAUCAAGAAGACUAUGGAGGAGAAGGGAAUCGUUCUGGACGACAAGGAGAUCAUGCCCACGCCGGAGGAGGUGGUGGCCGCUGCACCCAAGCAGAAACCGCGCAAGAAGAGGGGAGGACGGAAGUUCGCUGCCAAGGCUGCGGCUGCUGCUGUGGAGGAGGUCGAUGAACAGAAGAUUGCGGAAGCUAUCAAGGAGGAGGUGGAGGAGCAGCCAAGGCAGGUGAAACUCGUGUUUGGGGAGGACAUAAGGUGGGCUCAGGUGCCGGCGAGCUGCAGCAUGGCACAGCUGCGCGAGGCCGUCCGGAGCAAGUUUCCUGGACUGAAGGCUGUUCUUGUCAAGUACAAGGACAAGGAGGGUGAUCUUGUGACAAUCACCAACCAGGAUGAGCUGAAAUGGGCUGAGGAGUUGGCUGAGGCUGGGAGCUCACUUCGGCUGUAUGUUACCGAGGCUGAUCCGGAACAUGAACCUUAUGUUGACGACACCAAUAUGGAGAGAAAUGUAAACAGCAAUUCGGAUAAUGGAAGUAUUAGAAGCAAUAGGCAGGAUGAGGACAGGAGCACUGUGACCUGUAUUGAUGAUUGGAUUGUGCAAUUCGCCCGGCUUUUCAAGAACCAUGUUGGGAUUAGCUCUGAUGAGUACCUGGACCUCCAUGAGGUCAGUAUGAAGCUCUACACUGAGGCAAUCGAGGACACUAUUACUACUGAGGAAGCCCAGGAGGUGUUUCAUCUUGCUGAGGGAAACUUUCAGGAGAUGGCAGCACUUGCAUUUUUCCACUGGGGUAAUGUUCACAUGUCCCGGGCCAGGAAGAGAUUGUUGCUAUCAGGAGAUUCCCCAAGUGAAUUGGUGCUUGAGCAGGUGAAGGAAGCAUAUGAAUGGGCAAGGGACGAAUACAAUAAGGCUGGAACAAGAUAUGAAGAUGCCGUGAAGGCCAAGCCGGACUUUUUUGAAGGUUUCCUUGCACUGGCGCACCAGCAGUUUGAACAAGCAAAACUGUCAUGGUACUAUGCAAUUGGUAGUAAUGCAGAUUUGGACAGCUGUUCUUCUGAAAUUCUGGAGCUCUUCAAUAAAGCUGAGGAUAAUAUUGAGAAAGGUAUAGAGAUGUGGGAGGAAAUGGAAGAACAGCGUCUGAAGAAUCGAUCUAAACCUAGCCAGGAGAAUAUUGUGCUAGAGAAGAUGGGCUUGGAGGAGUAUAUCAAGGAUGUAUCCACUGAUGAUGCGGCUGAACAGGCUUCCAAUUUAAGGUCUCAGAUAAACAUUUUAUGGGGUAUGCUCCUUUAUGAACGUUCAGUUGUGGAAUUUAAAUUAGGUCUCCCAAUGUGGGAGGAUUGUUUGAUGGCUGCUAUUGAAAAGUUCAAACUUGGGGGAGCUUCUGCCACAGAUAUUGCUGUGCUGGUGAAAAACCACUGUGCCAAUGAAACUGCUCAAGAUGGUUUGGGCUUCAAGAUUGAUGAAAUUGUUCAAGCCUGGAAUGAAAUGUAUGACAUUAAACGGUGGCUGCGUGGUGUUCCAUCAUUUCGCCUUGAGCCAUUAUUUAGGCGAAGAGUUCCACAAUUGCAUACUGCACUUGAACAUAUAUAGUACUCAUGAAGUUGUUCUACAUCAUAUUGGAUUUCAAUGCUUUUUUAUCAGUGACACUUUUCUCUUUUUUUGGUCAAUUGCUGCAUGGGAUACACUACAUGGAUUUGUUAUAUUGCAUUUUUUACACCUGAAAGAGUCUGCUUCCUGGUUGUGAAGCUAUUCAUACAAGCCUAUUCUUUUCACAAGGCUGGUAGCCCUCUGCGGUUUGCAUACUCUAGUUCUUGUUUUGGUCAGGUUUGCUAUGUAACUCACAGGAAGCUGUGCUUUUGUUAUUGAAUUAGUUAUUCAUAUGAUUAUGACAUGGUAGUCCAUUGUUGGGGGAUGUCAUGGGUGGCACCCUCCUUUUCCUUUGUGGUAUUUUAUCUGUUCUGCAAUGCGCAAACUCAGUUAGGCUUGUACUGCAGUUACAUUUAGAAUUCGUUGUUUUCUUAAGUUUGAAAGAAAAAAAAGGAUAGCUGUGCUUUUUUUCUC